CGCUUCAGAUAGAUCAAGAGUAGGCGGUUCACGCGAAUUUCAAACACCAGUCAAAAUCGAAGGGAUAUUUCCAAAAACAGUAAAAUGGUGUAAAAUUUUCAAAAAUGGAUAAAUUAAGGUCAAAGAAAAGAGGGUUUUUUGCCAUUUCAACUGUCUUGAGCUCUUCAAGUGACAAGAAACGCAACAAAGGAAAUAGACAGGAAAAUGACAUUUAUAAGGAAAACAAAGCUGAAUUCAAAUAUUUCAAAGAAAAUCAAUGUGCUUCAAUAAAUGCCAAUGGAGAUUAUCAGGAUUUUGAUGGAGUUACUGAUGAUGAAUUGGAACAAGGAGACACUUCAGACCACAGUUCAUCUGAGGUCGAGACUGCAGUUUCAGGAUCAUCUUGUGAUGAUGUCCACAAAGCCAGUCGUAAGCUCCAGACCUUUGCCAAGAAGUCUAUCAGGAGAGAUAAGAAAAAAGAGAAGGAAAAGCAAGAGAGAAAAGAAAAAAAUAAAUUAUCCAUGGAUGAUUUCCUGAGUAAACAAGUGGAGUUUAUAACCUGGCUUGAAGAAGAGAAGCAUAAAAAUCCCAAAGCAAUGUCAUCACCUAAAAGAAAGGCUUACUUCAAAUCUUUCCUAAAAUUGUGGAACAAAAGGAAAUUACCACAGAAAUACUACAGAGGCAGUGCUGAGAUACAGAGUCCAUGCCCCACCCAUCCAACUCGAACGUUCAGUUUUGCGGAUGAUGAGGAAGAGGUGGUCAGUUUCACGCGCCCCAAGCCUAAGCGCCUGUCCAUUGAGCCGUGGGGGCCACCCGAUUCACCCUUCUCAACAUUUGGAAAGACACCACCAAAACAUCUCCUGACAUCAAACCUUCCCCUAUUGGAGUCUUUCUCCUCAGUGACUGACAGUUCACUCAGUGAGGAGACCCAUAAUACAUCAGGGAGCCACAGACACGACUCUCUACCAAAACUUGGAGAAUACCAAAUGCCUAAAAAUGCUUUACCAAUGGUAGAAUCUGGGGUGUCAACUCAAUCAACAUAUGAUAGAAAUGUUGAUAACAAUGCCACAAGCCUACCAGGUACCCCAGCCUCCUCAUUCCCUGAUAAUUCCCCUGUGUAUGCUGUACCAUGGAAGCCUAAACCGACCCCCAGGAAAAAACCUCCAGUGGUUGCAGAGACGGUCACAUCCCCACCUCCUCCACCCGUCCCCCCAAAAUCAUUUCUGACUGACAUUGAUGAUGAUAAUAAUGUUACAAAACAACCAACACAUCAUGGUCAAUAUGCUUCAGAAAUUUUCACCCUAGCUCAGGAAGGUGAAAGAAGUACUAACUAUAAACAGAGAGGUUCCAAUUCCGUUGAUAGAGUAAGUGUCACCGAGUCCUGCACUUCUAUGGAGGUGGAUGAUUGUGGACAGGAAAUGGGAGAACCACGAAAUGAAGGAUGGCACAGUCCCAUAGCAGGAAAACCUUUCAGUCCGCCGGUAAAGAUCAGGAAAACCUUCUUCCCUCAGGAGCAAAUCUAUGCAGAAAUUGACUCUCUUGAAAUGAAGCCUUCUGAAAGCAUCGCAUCAGAUUCCCUUGACAAGAGCCAUGCACAUGGCAGAAUAUCUACAAAGAAAAAUGAAGAUGAUGUGUUUAUCAAGCAAGGUUCUGAAUCACAGACUACCCAUACAGUUGUUCAGAGUGGUUCAUCUUCCAUGGUUACUUCUCCAGAAUCCCAAGUUAAACAUGUGGUUUUAGAAAACUUGCAAAAAACAAAAGAAAAUAGGUUCUCCUUCAGCAAAUACCUGAUAACUCCCGAAAAACGCGCUGUGGCCACCUCAAAACCUUCCUCUUUUCCUGAAAAUGGAAAAGAGAAUGUGUCGUCCAGGAAACGUCUGGGACAUCAGCAUGAAAUGUCUUUAUCAGGUGAUGGUAGCAGUCAAAAGGAGAAACCAAAGGUACUGCCGAGAAAUAUUCCAAAGCUGCGAAACGAAUUCAGGGUUACUAUGACUGUUAGCAAUGGUCUCCAUAAUGUAAGGAACUUUGUAGUGGGAGAGAACAACCCACCCAAAACAAAGAACCCAAAUGUUAAACAGAAUGGAUUUGAAAAAGCAAAGUCUCAGUGGAAAAAAGAACACCAUUCUGGUAAUGCAGAGUCAAAAUUAGAAAUGAGUGAGAAAUUCUCAAUGUCCUUGGAUGAAUUAGGAAGCCCAAAGGCGCAAUCAAAGGAGAAAGUUUUGGAGACAGAUAUUGAUUCUGUUCCUUUACCAAUCAUGGGCUCCAAGACACCACCUCGGAAAAGAAAACCUUUAUCUAACCUCCAGAGGUCAAAGUCUAUGGAAACAAUCAUAUGGUGAUGCUUUCAUGUACGUGUACAUAAAUCUGUAUGUACAUAUACAAUGUACAUUUAGCUGAAACAGUCAGUCUUUUAAAAGUGUUCAGCAAUUUGAAAAAAGAAGUGGAUUGGUUUUGAAUAGUUGCACAUUCACUAUUCUAGAACAGAUUUUAAUCAUGUUUACAAUUGUAUCUGAUUUUGUAAAUCAGACAUGGAAUUAUUAUCAAGAAUAUUGAUAUCCGCCAUAAUUUAUUAAUGUAUUCUAUGCACUGUAGAGUUCCAUCUUUACAUGGAGAAUAGUUAAUUGCAGUUGAUAGUUUUUGAUUGUGUAAUAUAUGUAGAUGAAAUUUUUAGCCCAAGAGCUUUGUGUAUUUUCAGCUUUGACAAUGAUUAUAACUAUUUAUUUACUGGUAGUACAUUAUUAUUGAAUGGUAUGUGUAUUUUCAGCUUUGACAAUGAUUAUAACUAUUUAUUUACUGGUAGUACAUUAUUAUUGAAUGGUAUGUCUAAUUUAUUAGAGACAAACUACAAAUAUGUACAGUAGUUUGGAUAGGGGGGGGUGUUGGACAUUUGAUGAAAUGCUGUGUUUGCACGUAUACAUGACUUUUCAUAUUUCGUUUGAAAAAAUUGAUUGAAACUCAGUGUCUACUGAAACUCAAAGACUUGAUAUUAAAAUCCAUGUUAUGUGCAUUUUUGUUGUGUACACAUCAAGUUAACAAAAGAAAUAAACAAGAGAUGUAAUGUGUAAGUUGUAUAAAAUGGAUAAACAAUAUUUGGUUUAGAGUUAAUGAAAGAAACUUUCUUUUUUCUGUAAAUAAACCUUGUUUCUGCAUUCUGAUAUGUUUAUCUAAAAUAAAUUGACUCCAUACAUUAUCCUGACAAUUGCAAACACACUUGUGUAAAUUAUAAAGAUGUAUGUGACAAAUUGUUGGAACCUGUUGUUAAACUGAUAUGUACUCUAUCUUUUCUAGUGUUUGUUAAACUGUAUACACAUGGUAUUUGUAUAUAUACAUGUACAUUGUUGACAGUACAUUGUAUUAGUAAUACCUUAAUAAGUAUUUACUGGUACAUGUAUUUUAAUAGUCAGCAUAUAGCAGCAUUUACCAGUUUGUCAGGACUACCUCAUUGAAUGUAAUAUCUGCAAAGUUCUCUGUCAGCUAAACAUUAAUUGUUACGCAAACUGAAAAAAAGCUGUUUCUACACUCAUUGCUUUUUUGUCUUACAAUGUCAUAAUAGCUGACACAACCAUGUUUUGGGUGAAAAAUAUAAAUAAUCUCUACAUGUAAUUUAUUAUGUGUGAACUCCCAGCAGAGUCUGGUAAUACAUGUAGUUGAGGAAUUGCUGUCAAUUUAAAUUUGGUGCAUGCAGAGAAUUUUAUUGUGGUGCUGAAUUUUUUGUUCUGAUGACAUGUAAAAUAGAUGAGCAGCUUGUACGUAGUAAAAUGGCCUAGAGAACCUUGUUAAUCUAAAUACGUGUACUACUAGUUAUUGGUAUACUGUUGUCCUUUGUAAUAAGUUUUGAUCUGAAUAUUAUUUUUCCCCAAUAACUUUUUUUUAAAGUAUCCAUUGUAUAGCCAACAGAUUGAGAUAAAAUUCAUGGACUGUA